AUGGCGGGGGAUUUCAAUGAGCUCAUGGUCAGGGUUGAUAAGUCAGGUGGUACUCCUCGUGCUUUUGCCCCAAUGGCUCUUUUUCGACAAACUAUGGAGGCAGCAAGUCUUAGUGACAUGGGAUUCUAUGGCUGCCAUUUUACAUGGUUUAACAAAUUCACAAAGGAGCGUUUAGAUCGGAGCUUCAUGUCUGCAUCUUGGAAGGCUAUAUUCCCAUUAAGCAGAACAAUCACGCUGCCCCCCUAUGAUUCUGACCAUAACCACCUAUUGAUUGAAGCUAGGGCUGAGAGAGAUCCUAUACAUAGGCAUCCUCGUACGUUUCACUUUGAGGAGAUAUGGCAUGGAAACUCACAGUGUUUGAAUAUUAUUCAAAAAAAUUGGUCCACCCCACUUACUGGAAACAUGAUGAAACAGUUAGGGUCCAAUAUACACUCUACCGGCCAGCAACUUUUGCAAUGGCAUGCUACAGAUUUCCAACGACAAAAACUUGAGCUUCGUGAGGUUCAAAGCAAAUUGUUGGAUAUCAUGAGGCAACCAUAUUCAGUCGAACAAUACGAGGAACAACGAAGGCUACAUGUUAAGCAGAGUCAAUUGCUCUCUCAAGAAGAAAAGUAUUGGAGACAAAGAUCACGGGCUAUAUGGUUAAAGGAUGGGGAUAGGAAUUCGGCAUACUUUCACCGUAAAGCCUCUAACAGAAAGAGCAGGAAUACCAUCAGGGGUUUAAUGAAUAAUGAUGGGGUGUGGACUACUGAUCCGCAAGAGAUAAAGCAGCUUCUCCUCAACUUUUAUAAUAUGACUUUCACAUCUGAGGGUGUAAAUGAGUCUGCCAUUUCUAAAGUCUUCUGA